ACUUUAGUGCCGACCAUUAUGAAGACUGGUUCUCCAAACGACUCUAGCGGAGCCAUGGAUGACCUCCAAGCGAAACCUCGCGCUAUAAGCAAAGCUAACCUUCAGGGUGCCGGUGGCGCCGAGUAUCUUAUUGCCUUACCCGCGCAGGCCCUUUUACUUUGGGCUUGGCUUGAGAUCGGGGGUUCCUCGCCAACCGGCGGAAACCCCUCGAUUGUAGUCAAUGUUUGCUUUGUUGCUUCGAGACUCAGAUUACUGCGCGUCCUCCUUAUCAAGGCUCUAGCACAGCUUGAGUGGAAGCCGUUCACCUUACUCAAGGCUCUUUACCUUCAGUUUCUCAUUCAAAUCGUAACUUGCUUCAAUAGUGCCCGGAUCUUGAUGAGUUACGUUCCUUUGUCGGGAAACGAUGCCGAUAAAGAGUCUAUUUCUGAACCUGAAUGUUACAUAACCGAGGAUACCACGACGAUGUCCCCCCAUCUUGACCCAGAUACUUUGUUCGCUGUCAUCAAUGAGGUGGCGUUGUUUCGCGAUUGGGAUACCCUCCUUAGCUUUUCGUCAACUUGCAGUGCGAUUCGGAGCGCCUGGCUGCCCCAUAUCUUUGCAGACGUGAGGUGGCCGCAUGCGAGCAAGCAUAACGAUGCGGACGGGCUUGAGUUUUUCCCAGAGUCUUUGUGGAAGCAUUUCAGGCGAGUUCUUUGUCUCUUGUCAUCACGUUUGUCGCUUAUAUGGCCUGACCACUGGCCCGAAUCCUCGCCGCCCCUAUGGGGUGACAAGUACUACGUCGGGGGAGACUAUCACCCUCGACAUCUGGACAAACUCGUGUCCGCACUCUCCCGCAUGUCCGCUCUAACGAGCUUCUACGCAAACUGCCCCUUCUACCCCCCAUCCUCCGUUCUAAACGCCCUCAUUCGAUGCCCUUCUAUCCGCGAAAUCUCUGUAGCCGAUACCCCGCUCUAUGUCACUAUGAUACCCAACAUCCCAGCCGACUGCAAACUUGAGACUAUCUCAAUCGUCCCUGUGGCUGAAGCUCUGCGUGUCGGAGAAGGCCCGUACGAUCCUAAAUACCAUGAAGUGACGUAUUAUAUCCGGGAGUACAGGAAGAAAUACAAGAAUGAUAUUCUGGCGAGGUUCGCCGCUACUGCGAUUCUAUUCCGCGUGGGCCAGGCGAGCUCGUUGAGGUGUGUGCAGGUCUCUGGGGACUUGUGCACGCUGGACGAACUGGCUGAACACGAUUGGCCGAAUUUGGAUACCCUGAUAUUGACGGGCCAUGCCCCGCGGCUGCAUAGCACCACCACUGAAUUGGUGGAUGUGUUGGUGAAGAUGCCCAAGUUGACCGAGCUGCGGUUGUUGUUUGCUACCACAAAAGGGGAUGCAAGUUUUAGAGUUGUUCCGCAGCAAGUGUCGGCGAAGAAUAACGAUGCCAGUGUGUUCAAGCAGCUGAAGCACCUCGCGUUGUCGAAUGCCUGCAAACUUUCAGGAGUGUUUCGUUAUACGGCUGCGUUGGAGCGCCUGGCUGUGUGUGCGAUUAUUGAUCAUCCGUGGGUCCCCAUUGCGCUCAGUCGGAGUGAUGUGGAUGGGAUGUUGAAGGACAUGGCGGUGGGGUGUGAGACGAGCAAGCUGAAGAGGCUGAGGAUCAUGGUGGAGGAUAAAGUCAGUCCGGAACUGUGUCGUGAUAUCUGCAUACAGUGUCCGGUCCUCGAGGCACUGGAGGUAGAAAUUUGCGGGUAUCAUGAUGGAAAACCUGUCUUUGCUUGGAGCGAAUUUUCCGGAGCCUUUUCAACACUCGCCCAUAUCCGCCACCUCAGGAUAUGUAUCCAGUUCCCCGAGUUUGACGAAACGGACGUCUCGGAGCCGUGGCGGUCUGCACGCAAAGAAUGUGCGGUGUACCUCGCGUCGCAGAUGCCUACCCUCCAGCGUGUUGGGUUCGAGUACCGCAAACGCACUGGAACGCAUCGCUACGAAGAUGGUUGGUUGGAGUGGGACGUUGUCAGAGGCGGCAGGGAGGGCUUGCAGCUGUUCGAGCUUACGGGGAGCUGGUAUCCGUUUCCUGAGGUGUGGUUUCCUGUUUCUCUCCCGGUGUAAAGGGGUUUUGGGGCGCUCUUCAUCUGUUUCUUUCGGGUUAUCAUGGGACGUGUAUUAUUUUACCUGCUUUCGGAGUGUAUGUAUUUACACAUGUGUACGCGUCUUGCUAGCUUCGACAUC